UCACAUUUUAAAAGUGAGAUGAGACUUAAAAAAUAGCGAGAAAGAAUAGCAUUGAUGUCUAACUGAAAAUCUGCUUUAUGCCAUCUGUGAGGUCUCCUGUUUAUAACUAUGAUGAGUCCUGAUUUAGACCUGAACUUCUCUUCCAACUGCAACUUGUAUGAUCAUCGUCCAGUGGCCCGGGUUCUCAUACCACUGGUCUACUCCAUCAUAUGUCCAGUGGGACUCUUAGGAAAUGCUCUGGCUCUCCAUGUGGUGAUCUCCAGCACCACCAAAAUUAAUUCAAUCACGCUUUAUUCCGCCAACCUGGCUGUGUCUGAUAUCCUAUUCUGCCUGUCGCUUCCUCUACGAGCUGUUUACUAUGGAUUGGGUUUCCACUGGCCGAUGGGAGAAGUACUGUGUAAAGCCAUAGCACUGCUCUUCUAUUUGAACUGCUACGCUGGUGUGAACUUCAUGACAUGUCUGGCGGUGGACCGUUUUGUGGCGCUAGUGUUUCCUGCUAGACUGGCAAAACUGAGAAAGGCAAAAAAUGUACGCUUUGUGUGUCUGGCAAUAUGGCUGCUGGUGCUGGCCCAGACGCUGCCCCUGCUAACAAUCGGCCUUACUAAAACCGAGCCUGACAGCAGCAUCACCUGUAUGGAAUACCCCAAUUUUGAGGGUGUUUUCAAAGGGCUGCCCUACAUGCUGAUCGUAGCAGUAGUUUUAGGUUUUGGCAUCCCAGUGAUGACAAUCAUCGCUUGUUAUUCAAUCCUGACUCACAAACUACAUCAAGCGGCAAAGUCAAACCAACUGACAGAACGUUCCGGAAAGACCAAAAAAGCCAGAGGAGUGAUUGCAGGCGUGGUAUUUGUGUUUGUGGUUUGUUUCAGCCCAUAUCACAUAGACAUCCUGCAAUACAUGAUUCGGAAGCUUCUCUAUGAAACGGACUGCAAGGAACUGCAGUCGUUUCAGAUCUCUCUACAUAUCACGGUGUGCCUUAUGAACCUAAAUUCCUGCUUGGAUCCCUUCGUUUACUUCUUUGCAUGUAAAGGCUAUAAGCAAAAGGUAAUGAGGAUGAUGAAGUGGCAGGUUGGCACCCACUUCUCCAGUGUGAAGAACUCUGCUGAAAGUUCAGGCACAGGUGAUGUGCUCGGAACACGCCGCAACAAUAGGAUAAUAAUGAACAAUGUUGGAGAGGAUCAGCAGAUUUGUUAUCAACCAAGCGCAACAUAA